CACGAGCCGACAUUCAAAACUACAAAACCCUUUUCUGUAUGGUCGCUUCGUCCCUUUCCCGCGGCUCUGCCUUCRCUUCCCCAUGCACGGUCAUCGUCACCGCUUUCGCCCCUCUGGCGGUGGUCGCGGGGCAGCGCAGCCAUCUGCACCACCACCUCCUCGCUUCUGCCCUCCGAACCCAAACAUCUACUUCCAGAACCCCAAUCCCUAUCUCCAAAACCCUAACAUCUUCCUCCAAAACCCUGGGUUCUCAGCCUCCUCCAGUCCCUACCUACAAAACCCCACUUUCCCUCCCCAGCAAUUCCCCAGUACCGUGUUCCAACCUCAAAACUUAUCUCAAAAACCAAAUGAACUCCUCCAGAAGAUAGACCGCGCUGUAGCAAAAGCUCACCGCGACAUUCUUGCAGCCGGGGAAAACGUUUCGUCAUGGAAAGUAUCCCAGGCUGCGCUUUUGUCUCUCCAAGUCGAUUCAUGGAGCUCUCUGGGGUUUAAAAUGCAGGAAAUCCCGUCUCUACAUCGUCUUAUUGUCGUCGAAGGAAAGAUUGAUGCCUUCAUUCAUUGCUUCGUUGGUGUGCGGAGAAUUACUUCCUUGUAUGAUUUGGAUGUCGCAAUUUGCAAGAACGAGAGCAUCGACAGGUUUGAAGAGCUUGAACUGGGUCCCUUAUUGCGUCAUCCACUUGUUUUGCAUUACUUUUCGGUUCCUCCAGAUGCAAUGGAGAUUGUUCAAAUACGUAGCGAGGAAAUAAUCUCUUGCAUUGCUGAGUUCAUGGACAUUCACCAAAAUAAAGAAAUCCGGGCAGAGGAGUUCCUUGAUUACCUUGCAAAGAAAAUGUCGGUUGCCACAAGGGAGAAGCUUGGCGUUCGUAUUCAGAGCCUGGGGAUGCAUAUUAGUUUUAUCCGUGAAGCUAGGAAAGCGGAAGAUAAUGCAUUAAAGAAGUCCAUCCAGGCUAUGAAACCAAUGCUGCAUGAGCAAAGUAGUAAAGGGGAAGGGCAGUUUUUACAAAAAUCUAGUAUUCUUUCACAGAAGAAGGUGCUUGACAGACGAUUCAAUUCUAUAUCUCAACGCAUCAAGUCAUUCUCCUCUGCAUAUGAGGAUUUUGGUGCCAAGCACAUAAAAUUUAUUUCAUCCAGUUCUGAUGAUGAAAGUGGUGAUGAUUCUAGUAGUGAGGAUGAUGACACUGAUGAGAAUGAUCUGAAUAUUCAGGGUAAGGCUUUAUCUCAAAAUAAAAAAAGCUAUGAUAAAUGUGUGAGUAGCUGCCCUUACCCAUCAGCCACCGAAGAGAUGACACGACUUGGAUUGAAAAGUAAUGUGGAUGGCCAUGCAUCCCUUACAGAUGAGAGUAGAAAAUUAACUAGAAAGAAAAGGAAAUUUGGCAACCAGAGUGGUAAUGGCUCUUUGCCGCAGAAACAACCUAAAAGAGGGAAAGUUGAGUUGAACGAGGCUGAAUCCAAUCUUCUUCUCCGAGAAAACUAUGGUAGAAAGGAAGAUACUAACCAGGAUAAAGUUGGAGAUCUUCGACUAGGAGAUGAUUCUAUGGAGAUGUUCAUCACUACAUGGAAGGAGGCUUGUCAGGAGCUCACUGUUGCUCAGGUUUUUGGUAAGAUGCUUCAAUUUUAUAAGCUGACAACUAAAAAAAGGAAGAAAAUGAAAUCAGUGAUAUCGUUAUAUCCAUUUAUUGGACUACUAAAUGUUGCUGUGGCAUCUAUUAAGAAUGGAAUAUGGGAUAGUCUCUACGAUACUUUCCAAGCCAUUGGUCAGCAKGGAUUUGUCACGCCAAUUUCUGAUCCAUCUAAUAAGCCUGAAAGUAUAGAUGUUGGGCCUGAUGAACAAGCUGCUGCACCAAUCAAUGAGCUCGUUCCUAAACUUGGAUGCAGCAUUACUGUUGAGGAUGUUAUGAAGAAAGUUGCUUUGUUUUUUGAGCUUGAUCAUGAUAUUCCAAUAGAAGGAAAAAUGCCUUUAGAAAGUCAACUGAUAUGCUUGAGAAAACUUCGCAAUUGUGAGUUAUGGUUGACGGAGCAGUUUUCUGUCAAGGAAUUUGAUUCCAUCGGCUAUGGGGACUUUCUGAUUUUCUUAGAAAGACAUGCUUCAUUGCUUCCUAAUGAAUUGUGCAGAAGUUUGACUCUAGACAUCAGUCAAAAGUCUUCUUUGGAGGUUUCAAUGCUUAAGAAUCAGCUAGUUGCUUUACUAUCACAAGCUAUUACUAGCUUGGGCGAGAAUCAUCUUAUAAGCAAUCAACACAUAUGCAUGCUUCUGAAGAAGCAGUUCCCAUUAAUCUGUUUUGAGAUAACGGGAAAUGAACCCUCAGCAGAUUUGUUAGAAAGCUUAAGUAAGAAGACGAGUAUUUCCACUUCCAGCUGUGUUUUAUUUUCUGUAGUGUUGUUGGGGACGGGCUCUGUAGGAGACUCAUUGGUUCUAAAUGGGAAACAUUCAACAGAAACUACUGCUGCGGUAGAAUGCUUGCUUAAGGCGCCAAUGUUGUCAGAUUUACAAUCAUGGUCACAUUGGGACCAUGUAUUUGCUCCCUCACUUGGUCCCUUCAUCGAAUGGUUGUUAAGUGAAGUUGAUACAAAAGAUUUGAUGUGUUUAGUGACAAGAGAUUCAAAGGUAAUCAAGAUUGAUCAUUCAGCGACGGUUGAUGAGUUUCUGGAAGCUUUGCUACAAGGUUCCUCUUUUCAAACAGCAGUAAAGUUGUUGUCUUUGGUUGCAUUAUAUGGUGGGCAAAAACAUAUUCCUAUGUCCCUUUUAAAAUGCCAUGCACAGCGUGCAAUUGAAGUAAUGAUAAAAAAUUCUGUGGAUUCCAUCGAAUCAAAAGGUCGUGGAGAUCUUAGUAUUCAUGAGACAUCCCUGAGAGAACAAAUUCUUGAUGUAGGCAGCCUAAGCAACCAACUUUUGGUUAAUCUUACAGGUGGUGAUGUGAAUAGAUUGCCAAGUAAUGAAUUAUUUGAAAAUCUAAGCAAUCUGAAUAAAGCAAUUCCAGUUGCUUCUAGAUUCAUCCUUGAAUGUCUUAGUUACCUACCUUCAGAAUUUCGCAGUCUUGGUGUUGAUAUAUUGUUCUUAGGAUUAAGGUCUGUAACCAAGAAUGCUGCUUUAGCUAUUUUACAUGAAUGCAAGAAUAUUGAUCAGCGUCUCAUGCUUCAUGACCUGGGGUUGUCACUUGGUAUUUUGGAAUGGAUUGAAGAUUACCAUGCAUUUUGUUCAACAAAUAUUGUUGACUUACUUUCCUCUCACACUUCUACCUUCAAAGAUGCAAGUCCUGCAUUUAACAUGAAUUCAAAUUAUGCACCAGAUUCAUCAAUGGGUCAGUUCUCUUCGAAAGGGGAAAUUAUGGUCGCUGUUGAGGAAGAUGCACAUAAUAAAACAUGUUUUGAAAUCCAUGAUGAGGAACAAAUCAGUAGAGUAUCUAAUGAUACGUCAGGCAAAGGUUGUGCACAAAUUUUAUCAGAAAAUGGUGAAGAGGAUGCAAGCCUUGUUAUUGAGAUUAUUAGGCGUGAGGAAUUUGGGUUAGACUCAAGUCUUACAGCUGCCGAGAGUAGCAUAUUGCAGAAGCAGCAUGCUCGCCUAGGGAGAGCCCUCCACUGUCUUUCACAAGAGUUGUAUUCACAGGAUUCUCAUUUUCUUCUUGAGCUGGUCCAGAAUGCAGAUGAUAACAUGUAUCCUGAAAAUGUGGAGCCCACAUUGGUUUUCAUUCUUCGUGCUACUGGUAUUGUUAUUUUAAAUAAUGAGCAAGGUUUCUCUGCUCAAAACAUUAGAGCACUAUGUGAUGUUGGAAAUUCAACAAAGAAGGGAUCAAGUGGUGGAUAUAUAGGGCAAAAAGGCAUUGGGUUCAAAUCCGUAUUCCGGGUUACAGAUGCCCCAGAAAUUCAUUCGAAUGGAUUUCAUGUCAAGUAUGAUAUAAGUGAGGGUCAGAUUGGUUUUGUCUUGCCAACAACUGUCCCUCCUUGUGAUAUUAGUUUGUUUAAUAGGAUGUUAUCCACUGAUGAUACCAGCUGCUGGAAUACUUGCAUAGUGCUUCCCUUCAGGUCAAAGCUAAUAGAGGGAACGGGUAUGAACAGUAUUUUGUCUAUGUUUUCGGAUCUUCAUCCAUCUCUACUACUAUUUCUUCACCGCCUACAGUGUAUAAAGUUUAGGAAUGUGCUGAAUGAUUCACUCACAGUCAUGAGGAGAGAAACUAUGGGAGAUGGCAUUGUCAAGGUUUCUCAUGGAAAUAUGAAAAUGAGUUGGUUUGUAGAAACCCAGAAGUUGCAAGCUAGUGUAAUUCGUCCUGAUGUACAGACUACAGAGAUAGCUGUAGCUUUCACGCUGAAGGAAACAGAUGAUGGAGAAUACAAGCCACAGCUGGACCAGCAGCCUGUUUUUGCCUUUCUUCCUUUAAGAACAUAUGGUCUGAAGUUUAUUCUUCAGGGUGAUUUUGUUCUUCCAUCAUCUAGAGAAGAAGUAGAUGGGGAUAGUGCCUGGAACCAAUGGUUGUUGUCGCAGUUCCCUGGUUUAUUUAUUUCUGCAGAGAGAUCAUUGUGUGCACUUCCUUGCUUUCAGGAUCACCCAGGAAAAGCUGUGACAGCAUAUAUGAGCUUUGUUCCACUUGUUGGUGAAGUUCAUGGAUUUUUUUCUCAUCUUCCUCGCAUGAUUAUUUCUAAACUACGCAUGUCAAAUUGUUUGCUCCUUGAAGGAGACAGCAAGGAAUGGGUACCUCCAUGCAAGGUUCUAAGAUGUUGGAAUGAACAGUCUCGUGUUCUUCUACCUGACAGUUUGCUGCAUCAACAUCUUGGUCUAGGUUACUUGGAUAAGGAUAUUGUUUUGUCUGAUCCCUUAGCAAAGGCUUUGGGCAUUGAGGAGUAUGGGACCAAGGUCCUAAUUGACAUCAUAUCAUCUAUAUGCCAUACAAAUAAUGGCAUCAAUGCACUGGGUCUGAAUUGGUUAUCAUCUUGGAUUAAUGCUGUUUUUACUAUGUCAAUCCGUUCUACGGAAACUAAACUAAAUGAAUCAGAUCUUAUAAGCCUGAGGAAAAUUCCAUUUAUUCCACUUUCGGAUGGUACAUAUGGCUCAUUGGCUGAAGGUACAAUUUGGUUGCCCUCUGAUGCCUUCAGCAGUGGAUUUGAUGGUGAAUAUUGUACUGAAGCUUUUCCAAGCUUAUAUGCAAAACUUAGGACUGUUAACCCUGCAUUACUUUCUGCAACAGMUGGAAAUUCWUACAACUUGGAGGAGCUACCAGUAGAAAACAUUGUAAACAUGCUUAGCAGAAUUGGUGUCCAGCGGUUGUCUGCACAUGAAAUAAUAAAAGCACAUAUCUUGCCAGCCAUUUCUGAUGACAAUGUUGCUGAUAGAGACAAAAGUUUGAUGACUGAAUACCUAUCCUUUGUAAUGCUUCACCUUCAGUCCAGUUGCCCUAACUGUUGUAUUGAAAGGGUGCAUAUUAUAUCUGAAUUACGGGGCAAAGCUUUUAUUUUAACAAAUUAUGGGUAUAGACGACCUUCAGAGGUAUCAAUUCAUUUCAGCAGAGAAUUUGGGAAUCCUGUUGAUGUGAAUAGGUUGCUUGAUGCUACAGAGUCUAACUGGCAUGAAGUUGAUAUCAUCUAUUUGAAAUAUCCAAGCAGCAAGUCAUCACCAUCCGGACUGUCAAAGUGGAGAGAUUUUUUCCAGGAAUUAGGUAUUACUGAUUUUGUGCAAAUAGUUCAAGUUGAGAAGAAUAUUACCGAUAUAUCCCAUACGGUUUUGAUGAACAUGCUGUCGGAUAAGGAUCUAAUUUCCUCUGGGUCAAUCAUUAAGGAUUGGGAAUCACCUGAGUUGGUCCAUUUACUAUCUACCUUGUCCUCAAAGAACAAACUUGAAGAGUGUAUGCAUCUUCUGGAAAUUCUUGAUAAAUUGUGGGAUGAUUGUUUUAGUGAGAAAGUGACAGGCCAGCUCAUUUCCAAAUGCACUGAUUUUAGCAAGCCCAUUAAGUCUUCAUUCAUAAAUAACAUCUGCAGUGCAAGGUGGGUAGUAUCAAGUAUUGAUAAAAAGCUUAACUAUCCCAAGGAUCUAUUCUAUGAUUGUGAGGCAGUGCGGUCUAUCCUCGGUGAUUUUGCUCCAUAUGCUGUUCCUAAGGUUAGGAACAGAAGAUUUUUAAGUCACAUUGGAUUUAAAACUCAAGUUACCCUUGAUGAUGCUUUGACAAUUAUUCAUGUCUGGAGAGGAUCUGGAACUCCUUUUAAGGCCAGCAUUGCACAAAUGUCCAAAUUUUACUCCUUCAUUUGGAGUGGAAGUAAUACUGCAAAAGCAAAAAUUKCAGAGUUAAGCUCAGGACCCUUUGUAUUUGUUCCAUUAACAUAUUCCUAUAGACAUGAUGAUGUCAUAUCUGGUGUAUUUUUGUCUCCUGAAGAAGUAUAUUGGAAUGAUGUAACUGGUUCUGUGGACCAAGUGAAGGAGCUAAUUCUUCAGUGUGGAUCAAUAAAUGAGAGCAACUAUCCUUUGAUCAAGACAUUAUCUCACAUCUAUCCUGGUCUUCAUGAUUUUUUCGUGCAUGAAUGUGGUGUACGUGAGAUCCCUUCAUUCUGCAGCUACCUUCAAAUAUUGCUGCAUUUAUCACGUAUUGCUGUGCCUUGUCAGGCAGCUAAUGCUGUAUUCAAAAUUCUUAUAAAAUGGACUGAUGAUCUGAAAUUGGGAUUAGUGGAUUCAGAAGAUAUUAUUUUCCUGAAAGAAUGCCUUCAUAGUUUGGAAUAUACAGUUCUCCCAACUUUACAGGAUACAUGGGUUUCUCUCCACUCUAGUUUUGGCGUAGUUUGUUGGAGUGAUGAUGAAAAGUUAAGGAAGCAAUUUAAGGAUUCUGAGAACCUUGUUUUCUUAUACUUUGGCGAACUCGAGAACGAUGAGAAAGAAAUGGUUUUAGCAAAACUUGCUGUACUUAUGAAAACGAUAGGAAUUCCUUCUCUUUCAGAGGUCAUUAAUCGUGAAGCUAUAUUUUAUGGUAUGGAAGAUUGCACGAGCAAAGCAUCAUUGGUGAAUUGGGUUCUUCCUUAUGCACAGAGAUAUAUCUACAAAUUACAUCCAGAUAAAUACUUUGAAUUUAAGCAUUCUAACUUUGAAAUUCUGAGUAAUUUACGAGUUGUUGUGGUUGAAAAGUUAUUUUAUAGGAAUACUAUAAAAGGAUGUGAUAGUGUAUCUAAGAAGCGUUUUGAGUGCAGCUGUCUGCUACAGGGAAACAUCUUAUAUUUGACUGAGGUCUCGGAUUCUCACUCAAUUUUCAUGGAACUUAGUCGGCUUUUCUUUAAUGGUGUCUCUGAAUUACACUUUGCAAAUUUCCUUCACAUGAUCACAACUAUGGCUGAAUCAGGUUCUUCAGAAGACCAGACAGAGUUUUUUAUUCUUAAUAGUCAAAAGGUCCCAAAGCUUCCCGAAGAAGAAACUAUCUGGUCCCUUACAUUGUCACAGGAGGAUAACGGACCUUCCCAGCCAAUUUGUGCUUCAGCAUUGAGCAAUAUGGAAAAUCUCUUGAAGUCUAAACGGAAACCAGGCAUCAUUCCUAAUUGGCCACCUGCUGAUUGGAAGACAGCGCCAGAUUUUUCUAUUUCUCGAACAAAUCAUCUUAGGACAAAACCAGUUGCUUCACAUUGCAGUUCAACAGAGGGUAAAGCUGAAGGUGCCACUUAUGAAGCAGAUCAUGGAGUUCCUGUUGGAAUUAGUAGUGAUUGGAUAAUCCAAGAUGACUCAUCAGUGACUACAAUAGAGCUACCCUUCCAAGACUCUGGGAUUUUGGAAGAUCACCCUCUAUCAGUGGGUUGUAACAGUCUCGUCUCUGGAGGGAUUGAUCCUACACCCAAAGUGUUAAACAAGCCAGUUGAUCCAGUUACUGUUUGUGAGGGUUCGGACAUACUUCUGCUCUCCAAUGAGAGGGAUCAGUUGUCUAUUGGCACACCUAAUGAGAAACAGGCAGUGAUAACGGGUAGGGUGGGAGAGCUUCUGGCUUUCAAUUAUCUUGCUAAGAAAGUUGGAAAGGAAGGUGUGAAAUGGGUGAAUGAAGAAAAAGAGACAGGUUUACCCUAUGACAUUGUCAUUGGAAAUGAUGAAGAGAAGGAAUACAUUGAAGUUAAAGCAACCAGAUCUUCAAACAAGGACUGGUUUACAAUAUCAACGAGGGAAUGGCAAUUUGCAGUUGAUAGAGGUGAAGGUUUUAGCAUUGUGCAUGUUGUGUUGGGAGCCCCAAAGAAUGCGAGGAUAACUGUAUUCAAGAAUCCAGUGAGACUUUGCCAGCAAGGUGCAUUGCAAUUGGCCAUUUUGAUGACAAGAUAGUAGAAUUAUUCAAUCAUCUUUCUACUACCUUUUGGGCCUUUCAUCAGCUGUGCUUCUCUGGCAUUUAAUCCAGAAUGCUGGGAGUACUUWACAGGAGAUUGCACUGGUCAGUGGAAGUUUGCUAUGGGUUCCUGUUCUAUUUUAAGUUGCCCUUGGUGACACAUGAUGUAAAAGAUGGAAAAUGGAUGGUGGUGACAAUUGAAUUCCUGUACCUCUUGCGGUUGGAAUAAUGGGAUCAAAAGUACUAAGAUGCCAAAGCACUAGUUGGUAGAAUAAGCACCAACCUCCUGAAGGAGCAAUUUGGCAUUGGAUAGGUAUCCCUAAAUUGAAGCACACUGAUAGAUUCGGAAAUGCCCCUUCAGUUGUUACAUUUUCUAUUAUAACAUAAUCCCAAGGGCUCCUAUCUGACAAUGAUUUUGGUCGACGUAUAAGUAAAUUUAACAUAGUAACAUAGAAAGAUGAAAAUUUGUCAAA